AUGGAAGUCCUUAGCCCCUCUGCCCCCAAUGGCAACGGGGUUACUCCCACCAUCGAGGCCGCUGACCCCAUAGCGGUUCUCGAGCACAUCGCCAAUCUAAUCGAAACUGCUCUUGGAGCAGCUCGCAAAGAGCUGGAGGCUGUUGGCAGUCUGCUAUCCGAUAGCAAGCGUGCAGAGGCUUUGGAGAAGGUGUCCCAAUUCGCUGCCGACUCACAGGUUGCCCUCUAUGCGCAGAAAGAUCGGCGAGAUGAAAUGGUCAACGGCCACGACGAAUCGCCCCGGAUAGAACAUGUCUACACACUCUCUUCCGAGUUCUCAUCGUCACGAUCAACCGUCGCUUCCCUUGCCUUCCUGAAGCGGCCCUCCCAGCUCGAUGGCUCCAGGCCGAUCGCGGAACAAAUACAUAUGAUCAAUCUGCCCAGCUCAAUAGUGGCCGACGAGGAUGGCAACAGCGAUAUCAAGGGUGCGUCCCCUUUCGAGGUCAUGCACUCCAUCCUGCACAAUGCCCUUGUGCCUUAUUUCGAGGCCUACACAAGAAGUCAGAGUUCCGCCGGCAGAACAUGGUACGACUCUGAAGCCAAGUCUGGUAUUCCUGGUGCGAGAAGACGACUCGGCGAGCUGGAAAUGAGCCUACUUCACCUCCAACAGAACACCGACAUUCCGAUGGUCAAUCUGAGUAUGCAUCCCAUCGUAGCCGAUGCCCUCCAGCGGGCGGAGGCCGAAGGCAAGAUUCCAUCCCUUUCGAUGAUCCCCAACAACGUUCUCGAUGAUUCAAAAGUCCUCAAUAGUGUGCAGAGCCAGGUGAACAGUUGGGUCAAAUCAAUACAGGGCAUGACGAAACUGGUCAAGGACUCAGAAUGCGGUUCUGCUGCGCAGGAAAUCAACUUCUGGCUGUCCCUCGAAUCGGCAUUGAGUCGCGUGGAGAAGUCGCUCCAGAGUCCGGGUGUAGUACUGACUCUGGACAUUCUCAAUAACGGCAAACGUUUCCAGGCUGGAAUCUCGCUCAAGGAUGACACCAAUUUGGCCACUGCACAGGCAACUGUGCACAACUACAAUGUUCUCAUGCGCGACUUUCCAUUGGAUGAGCUGUCGUCAGCCACGACCCUUGCAAAGAUCCAGGAGGCUCUGGGCCAGAUCUUCUCCCACAUCAACAAGAAACUGCGGGUUAGUGCGAACUAUCCCGUCAAGCGCGCGUUGAAGUUGGUCGAGGGCAUCUCAGAAGAUCUCAACACGCAAAUACACCGCGUCCUCCGUGGGAAGCCCCUAUUAUCUCUCAAUUAUGAGGCUUUCAUGGAAGUGGUGCGAUUGGCUGAUGCAAUCUGGACUACUUGGGACGAUGCAGUCAGAGAGUUUACCACGGUCGCGCGUGAACUCAUCCGCAAGCGCAACACUGAAUUCGUGCCUAUCAAGAUUACGCCUCGUCACCUUCAGACGCAGGAACGCUUGAAGUAUGUUCGCACUUUCCGGAGGAAUCAUGAGCAGUUGGCGCGAACCAUCACCACGGUACUUGGGCCAAAAUCAGCUACGGAAUCUUUGUCGAGACCUAGCAGUUCGGAUGGUGUCGCAAUCCUGGAGGAGAUCGGCGACGUUGAUGCUGUUCAAGAAGUUGCCGAUGCCUACAAUGCCAUUCGCGACGUCGAAGUCCUUGACACAUCCGAGACAGGGACCGAGAUCUGGGUUCAGGCAGAGCUGCAGUACACCGAGCGGACCUCGCGCGUUGAGAACUCUAUCAUCGCGCGCCUUCGUGAUCGUCUAGCCACCGCAAAAACCGCUAACGAGAUGUUCCGCGUCUUCGCCAAGUUCAACGCUCUUUUAGUUCGACCAAAAGUCCGUGGUGCCAUUGGCGAGUAUCAGACUCAACUUCUGGACAAUGUCAAAAACGACAUUGCUGCUCUCCACGAACGAUACAAGGGACAGUAUGGAGGUUCCGAAACCCAAAUGAUGGCUCAGCUGCGCGACAUUCCUCCCGUAGCCGGAUCGAUUCUAUGGGUACGGCAGAUCGAAGCUCAGCUCAACAGCUACAUGAAAAAGGUCGAAGCAGUUCUUGGGCAGGACUGGACGCUACACACCGAUGGAGAAAAGCUUGCGGCCGAGAGUGACAUGUUCCGUAAGAAACUCACCACUCGUCCCAUCUACGAGGCUUGGCUCGCCGAUGUUCAGAGACGCAACUUGCAAAUUUCUGGCAGAUUGUUCAGUAUCGCACGUGCCCGUGGCGCGUCUGGAGCUCUGGAGCUCGGUGUCAAUUUCGACAACCACGUUAUCUCAUUGUUCAAGGAGGUACGAAACCUGACCUGGCUCAACUUUCAAAUCCCACACGCCAUCUCGAACGUCUCAAAGGAAGCUCAACGUGUGUAUCCUUUCGCAUUGAGCUUAAUGGAGAGCGUCACUGCUUAUAUUUCCAUUACGAGAACCAUCUCAGGCAUGUCUGAUGUUUCACAACUUCUUACAGGGUAUGAAAAGGAUGUGCAGAUGUUGUUCAGCAGGGGCAUUCCUCUCCGAUGGGAGUCUUUCGUCCACAUCUACGACAUGCCCGCGCAGAAGUCGAUUGGCGAUGCCGGUUCCGCAGCUGUUGUGCGCUCGGACAGCAAGCACGUCCAAUAUGUGCGAGACCUAUCUGCAGCCGUUGCCGUGUUGCAGAGCAAGACCUGGACCCUGCAGGAAAUCUCAAACAACAUCACGCUUGCUCUCAAUGAGAUGAAGACCUGCGACUAUAGCCUCAAAGCCUUCGAGACUCAGGUCGAUGCUAUUCAGAACGGGGUCGAUAAACUGAACUUGGAAAACUAUGCAAAUCUAGACUCUUGGGUUCAGAAGCUCAAUUUGGAGUUGCGCCUCAUACUACAAGAGCGCUUGAACGCCGCUCUCGAUUACUGGACGAAGUCAUUCUCGAACGCCUCCCAGAACGAUACCUUUGAGCUUCAAUCACCCGAAAACAACGUGUACCAUGUUGGUUUCCCGCACAUUGAAAUCGGCAUCCAGAUGAACAACCAGACCAUUUUCAUCGAGCCUCCACUGAACUUCGUGAGGGCUUCCUGGCUGUCCGAUCUGGAGCAGUAUCUCGAUGUGCUGUGCCAUCUGCGCUUAAUCAAAUCGUCUCGUUACCAGAUGUCAGCUGCAGCUAGUCUCGUGCAAGCGGACGCUACUUUCGCCGACCUUGUCCAGGGAAGUGUAGCUUCACUCCAGAAAGCCUUCGAUGCUAUUGAUGGGAAACUCGGUGAUAUGGCUGGAUACCUCGAAGAGUGGUAUCGAUACCAAUCGCUGUGGGAUCUGCGAUCCGACCACAUAACCGAAGCACUUGGCGAAGACCUCACUCAGUGGCACCAGCUCCUUCAAGAGAUUCGAGAAGCGCGUUCGACUUUCGAUACCUCUGGCGACCAAAAGGACUUUGGAAACGUCAGCUUCAACUAUAAACAAAUACAGUCGAAAAUCACGCAGAAGUAUGACCAGUGGCAAUACGAGGUGACCAUGAAAUUCGGCAAUCUCCUGGGUGGCCGGAUGAGCGAACUUUUCACCGAUCUCAAGCGGUGUCGCGCCGAUCUGGAGAACCACUCGCUGGAGACUACAUCCACUGCACAGGCUGUGGCCUUCAUAACUGUUGUUCAGCAAUGCAAGAGGAAUGCCAGCCUCUGGGAGCCUGAAGUUGAAGUGUUCCGCCAAGGUCAGACUACUCUGUCACGCCAACGAUACAACUUCCCAAACGAUUGGCUUUCCGCGAACCAGGUAAGUGACGAGUGGAAUGCUUUUGAGGAAAUCCUCAACCGCAAGAGCAAGCUGGUCGAGGAGCAAACCGAUGCUCUACGAGCCAAGAUUGCUGCAGAGGAUUCCGUCAUCAGUGACCGUGUCCGGGAAACGAUCUCACAAUGGCAAGAAGAGAAGCCUGUCUCAGGCACGAUAGCGCCUGACGAGGCCUCUGCACUCCUCCGUACCUUCCAGACCAAGCUCGAGAAGCUACAAUCUGAUCUCGAUACUGUCUCGCGUGCCAAGGAAGCCCUCGGCCUCGCAUUCAGCAAGGACGAGAGUCUGGCUGCUACUCUAGAAGAAGUGCACGACUUCAUGUCUGUCUGGUCUGCUUUGUCGACCAUAUGGCAGAGUAUCAACGACCUUCGGGAGACCUUGUGGACCAGCAUUCAGCCCAGAAAGAUAAGGCAGUCACUCGAAGGUCUUGUCAAAAUGGCAAAGGAGAUGCCGAGUCGCAUGCGUCAAUAUGCGGCGUUUGAGCAUGUUCAGAAUGUCCUUCGCCAACUCAUUAAGGCCAACUCGCUUCUCAAUGACUUGAAGUCUGAUGCUAUCAGAGAGCGUCAUUGGGUGAGAAUCUUCAAGGCUGUUAGACCAAGCAAGCGGUAUUCCGAAGUCUCCAUGACUCUCGGCGAUGUGUGGGACCUCCAACUUGUCACAAGUGAAGCUACGAUCAAGGACAUUAUUCUCCAAGCACAGGGCGAGCUUGCACUGGAAGAAUUCGUGAAGCAAGUCCGCGAUACAUGGCAAAACUACUCUUUGGAUCUGGUCAUGUAUCAGAACAAGACUCGCCUCAUUCGUGGCUGGGAUGACCUCUUCACCAAGUGCAGUGAGAACCUGAACUCGCUACAAGCCAUGCGUCAUUCGCCUUACUACAAAGAAUUUGAGGAAGAGGCGUCGUCGUGGGAAGACAAGCUCAAUCGCGUCCAUGUUCUUUUCGACAUCUGGAUUGACGUCCAGCGCCAAUGGGUCUACCUCGAGGGUGUCUUCAUCGGCAAUCAGGAAAUCCAGCAUCUACUGCCGACCGAGUCCAGCCGCUUCUCAAACAUCAAUACCGAGUUCACAACGAUCAUGAAGAAAGUUGCCAAGUCUCCUUUCGUUAUGGACGUGCUCGGCAUCGCCGGAAUCCUCAAGUCUCUUGAGCGCUUAGCCGAUCUUUUGAGCAAGAUUCAAAAAGCUCUUGGAGAAUACCUCGAGCGAGAGAGAGUGCAAUUUCCUAGAUUCUACUUCGUGGGUGAUGAGGAUCUGCUCGAAAUUAUCGGUAAUAGCAAUGAGACAACUCGUGUCGCGAAGCACUUCAAGAAAAUGUUCGCGGGCAUCUCUGGUGUGGAGGUCACGGAUGAUAAUGUGAUCACUGCCAUCAGUUCAAAAGAGGGGGAAGUCGUCCCGCUCAAGAAGGAAGUGUCAUUGCUCAAGCUGCCCAAGAUCAAUGACUGGCUCACCGCUCUCGACAACAGCGUCAAGUCCACACUCGGCGAGUUAUUAGCUGAGGCAGUCCUUGAGUUUGAGCCCAUCUUCCAGUCGUCAGAGCUCAAUGUGUCGCAGUUUUUGGAGUACUUGACCAAAUUCCCUGCCCAGAUUGCCAUUUUGGGCGCGCAAGUGGUCUGGACGAAACUCGUGCAGGGUUGCUUGGAGGAUGCCGGUCAGGGUCUAUCGAAGCUCUAUGACGCCGAGAUUCGAAUUCUCGAAAUGCUUGCAGAGAGCGUGCUGCAAGAUCUUCCUGCCCUUACUCGGCGAAAAUGUGAGCACUUCAUUACUGAAGCAGUCCACCAACGAGACAUGAUUGGGAAGCUCGUUCAAGUCGAAGCAAAUACACCCGGCCACUAUCUCUGGAUCUUGUGCAUGCGCUAUGUAUACAACCCAGAGGCAGAGCUGCUUGAUCGCCUUGCCAUUGAGAUGGCCAAUGCACGCCUGAAUUAUGGCUGGGAAUACCUCGGAGUUCCUGAUCGUCUCGUACGAACGCCGCUUACAGACCGAUGCUUCCUGACUUUGACACAAGCCAUGUGCCAGCGGUUAGGUGGUUCGCCGUAUGGGCCAGCAGGUACUGGCAAGACUGAAUCCGUCAAAGCCCUUGGUCUACAACUCGGGCGCUUUACCCUCGUCUUCUGCUGUGACGACACUUUUGACUUCCAAGCGAUGGGUCGUAUCUUCUUGGGUAUCUGCCAAGUCGGCGCCUGGGGCUGCUUCGAUGAGUUCAAUCGUUUGGAAGAGCGCAUUCUGUCUGCUGUGUCUCAACAGAUCCAGAACAUUCAAAUUGGUCUUCGUAACAGCACCAACGAACAGAAGGCGCAAAUCGAGCUGGUUGGCCGGCGCUUCAGGGUCAACCAGAACUCUGGACUCUUCAUCACCAUGAAUCCUGGCUAUGCCGGACGCUCGAAUCUGCCUGACAAUCUCAAGAAAUUGUUCAGAAGUGUUGCUAUGUCGAAGCCCGACAAAGAAUUGAUUGCUGAAGUUAUGUUGUUCGCCCAAGGUUUCAAGCAAGCCAAGGAAGUCUCAAGACAAGUCGUCCCAUUCUUCGACCACUGCGCGAAGAUGCUGUCAAAGCAGCCACAUUACGAUUUUGGCCUUCGAGCGCUGAAGAGCGUGCUGGUCAGCUCUGGUGGUCUGAAGAGAAUGCACGUCCAAGCCAGCGCCGCAGGCGAAGCUACACUCGACAUUAGCGAACCCCAGAUAAUUGUCCAGAGUAUUAGAGAGACUGUGUCUCCGAAGCUUAUUCAGUCGGAUGUUGAGCGGCUCGUCGAGGUACAGGCCACAGAUUUCCCAGGCGUCGAGUAUGUCCCAGCCGACCUGACCAAGCUGAAGACUGCCAUUGAAGACGUCAUGAUGGAGCGUAAUCUCACCCCAACCGAUGCUUGGAUGACGAAGAUUAUCCAGCUGUACCAGAUCCAAAAUAUUCACCAUGGUGUCAUGAUGGUCGGACAAUCAGCGUCAGGCAAGACAGCCAUCUGGCGCGUCCUUCAACAGGCCUUGCAAAAGGUCGACGGCAUCGAAGGUGUGCACCACGUCAUUGAUCCCAAGGUCAUGUCUAAAGAGAUCUUGUACGGCAGUCUCGACAAUACUACUCGUGAGUGGACCGACGGGCUGUUCACUGCAACCCUUCGUAAGAUUGUCGAUAACCUUCGUGGUGAAGACUCGAAGAGGCAUUGGAUCGUUUUCGAUGGCGAUGUCGAUCCUGUGUGGGUUGAGAACCUGAACAGCGUGCUCGAUGACAACAAAUUACUUACGCUGCCCAACGGCGAACGCCUGAAUCUUCCCUCGAAUGUUCGGAUCAUGUUCGAGGUCGAGAGCUUGAAGUACGCCACCUUGGCCACUGUCAGCCGCUGCGGUAUGGUUUGGUUCAGUGAUGACACUGUCACCCCAUCGCUCAUAAUUGACCAUCAGCUGAAAGCAAUGGCCAGCAGAAGCUUCGAUGAUAUUGACGAAGACGUUGGGGCUGGGAACGCUCCUGCUAAGGUCCACGAUACUCAGGUCCGCAUCGUUGAGAUUCUCCGAGCACUCAUCGAUCGCAACGACUUCCUGCUGAAGGCUCUCGAUCAAGCUGCAGUCUACAAGCACAUCAUGGAGUUUACGGCUGCACGGGUGCUCGACAGUUUCUUUUCGUUACUCGUCAAGACCUGCCGCCACAUCUUGCAAUACAAUAUUAAUCAUCCCGAGUUUCCCUUGGAUGAUGAGCAAAUGGAGUCUUUUGUGGCCAAAAAGCUACUGCUUGCGACUGUGUGGGCUCUGGUGGGAGACUCAUCCCUUUCGAUCCGCAAAUCUUUCGGCGAUUUCAUAACUACUCUGACCAAUACAGAGCUGCCAACACUCGAUGACUCGACAUCACUCAUUGACUACGAUGUUACGCUCCCUCAAGCUCAAUGGGCGCCUUGGCAGUCGCAGGUACCCAGCAUUGAGGUCAACACGCAUUCAAUCACUCAGACCGAUGUCAUCAUCCCCACCGUUGACACGGUUCGUCACGAGGAUGUUCUUUACUCCUGGUUGGCAGAGCAUAAGCCUCUGAUGCUCUGCGGUCCUCCAGGUUCCGGCAAAACCAUGACAUUGUUCAGUGCGCUUCGCAAGCUGCCCGACAUGGAAGUCGUCGGCCUCAAUUUCUCCAGCGCCACCCAACCUGAGCUGAUCACCAAGACCUUCGAGCAAUAUUGCGAGUAUCGCAAAACGCUGAACGGCGUGGUCCUGGCCCCUACACAGAUGGGUAAAUGGCUUGUCGUGUUCUGCGAUGAGAUCAACUUGCCAGCACCUGAUACCUACGGCACUCAACGCGCAAUCAGCUUCCUGCGUCAGCUUAUUGAGCAGAACGGCUUCUGGAGGACCUCAGAUAAAGCUUGGGUAUCACUCGAGCGUAUUCAGUUCGUUGGCGCUUGCAAUCCUCCUGAAGAUGCAGGUCGCCAUGCUAUGGGAGCACGCUUCCUCCGUCAUGCGCCUGUUGUCAUGGUCGACUAUCCGGGAGAGCUGUCUCUUCUUCAGAUCUAUGGUACCUUUAACAAUGCCGUGCUCAAGGUUAUCCCUUCACUGCGCGGUUUCGCGGAUGCGCUGACACGCGCAAUGGUGGGCUUCUUCCUAAAGUCUCAGUCUCGCUUCACUGCCGACAUUCAGCCACACUACGUCUACUCGCCACGUGAGUUGACAAGAUGGGUGCGCGGUGUGUAUGAAGCCAUUGCGCCCCUCGAACAACUUACCCUCGAGGGCCUGCUCCGCAUUUGGGCGCACGAAGCACUUCGUCUGUUCUCUGAUAGGCUUGUCUCCCAAGAAGAGCGCGAUUGGACUUCCGACAUGGUCCGACAGACAGCCUUGGAGCAUUUCCCAUCCGCAGACAUCAACAAUGCUCUACAAGGUCCCAUUCUCUUCUCUAACUGGCUGUCUCGCAAUUAUGUGUCAGUUGAGCAAGAGCAGCUUCGUGAAUUUGUCAAGGCACGUCUCAAGACAUUCUGCGAGGAAGAGGUCGAUGUACCCCUUGUCCUGUUCAAUGAUGUGUUGGAACACGCGCUUCGUAUCGAUCGUGUCUUCCGCCAACCUCAGGGCCAUCUCAUCUUGAUUGGUACGAGCGGUAGCGGAAAGACGACGUUAUCACGCUUCGUUGCCUGGAUGAAUGGUCUCUCGGUGUUCCAGAUCAAGGUCCACGGCAGAUAUUCUGCGGAAGACUUCGAUGACGAUUUGAGAAAUGUGCUUCGCCGCUGCGGUACUCAAGCUCAGAAGAUAUGCUUCAUCAUGGACGAGUCUAAUGUACUUGAUUCUGGCUUCUUGGAGCGGAUGAACACGCUGCUCGCCAAUGGUGAAGUCCCUGGUCUGUUCGAGGGCGAUGAGUAUGCCUCGCUCAUGACGGCUUGCAAAGAAGGUGCUCAGCGACAGGGCUUGCUUCUUGAUUCUCAAGAAGAGCUCUACAAGUGGUUCACCCAGCAAAUUGUUCGCAACCUGCACGUUGUGUUCACCAUGAAUCCACCGCAGGAAGGACUGUCAUCUAAAGCUGCCACAUCUCCUGCGCUAUUCAAUCGUUGUGUCUUGAAUUGGAUGGGCGACUGGUCCGACCAAGCUCUCUUCCAAGUUGGCUUUGAGCUUACUCAAUCUGUUGAUCUGGACAAGCCCAACUUCCAAUCUCCAGACAGUCUUCCGGUCGCGUAUCGUGGCCUCCAGCUACCGGCAUCCCACCGAGACACUAUCGUCAACGCCAUGGUCUACAUUCAUUAUUCGAUACAGCAGAUCAAUUCGCGACUGGAAAAGCAGCAGGGCAUCGUUACUUACCUGACUCCCCGCCACUAUCUUGACUUCGUAGCUCACUUCGUCAAGCUCUUUCACGAAAAGCGCGAAGAUCUGGAAGACCAGCAGCGGCACUUAAAUGUUGGCCUCGACAAACUCAAAGACACGGUAGACAAAGUCCGCGAUCUGCGCGUCAGUCUCGCCCAGAAGAAGACGCAGCUGGAAGCCAAAGAUGCUGAAGCCAACGAGAAGCUGCAACGCAUGGUGGCCGAUCAACGCGAAGCCGAGACCAGGAAAUCUGCGUCUCUGGAGAUUCAGUCUGCUCUGGAGGUCCAGGAGAAGGAGGUCGCAGAACGCAAAGAGAUUGUGCUCAACGAUCUCGCAAAAGCCGAGCCUGCCGUCGUUGAAGCUCAACGCAGCGUCAGUAACAUCAAGAGACAACAUUUGACCGAAGUGCGAUCUAUGGGCAACCCACCCAACGGUGUAAAGUUGGCUCUUGAGUCUGUCUGCACACUUCUUGGCAACAAGGUCGACAGCUGGAAGACCAUCCAGGGUAUUGUUCGUCGCGAGGACUUCAUUGCCAGUAUCGUCAAUUACGACAACGAGGCGCAGAUGACUGCGCCGCUGCGUGAGAAGAUGCGUCGCGAAUUCCUGUCCAACGAUGAUUUCACAUUCGAGCGUGUCAACCGAGCCAGCAAGGCUUGUGGCCCGCUCGUGCAAUGGGUCAAUGCUCAAGUGAACUACUCCGAGAUCCUUGACCGAGUUGGCCCGCUUCGAGCUGAAGUUGAGCAUCUUGAAGAUAAGGCUUUGCAGACGAAGGCCGAGGCCAAGGCGAUCGAGAACACCAUCGCGAAGCUGGAAGGCAGCAUUGCUACCUACAAGACCGAAUAUGCUGCUUUGAUCAGCGAAACCCAGGCCAUCAAGACUGAGAUGUCUCGUGUCCAGACCAAGGUCGAUCGAAGUGUGCGUCUUCUUGACAGCUUAUCGAGUGAACGAGGUCGCUGGGAGGAGGCCAGCCACUCCUUUGAAACACAGAUCCAGACACUCGUUGGCGAUGUUGUCAUCGCUUCAGCUUUUCUCGCUUACGGAGGCCUAUACGACCAGCAGUUCCGUAAGAGUAUGGUCGAUGAUUGGCUCCACCAGCUCUCGCAAUCUGGCAUUGCGUGCAAGAGUGAUAGCUCUGUAUUGGGCUACCUGUCCACCGCCGACGAGCGACUCCAGUGGCAGAAGAAUGCUCUGCCCGCCGAUGACCUAUGCAUGGAGAAUGCAAUCAUGCUCAAGCGGUUCAAUCGAUAUCCAUUGAUCAUCGAUCCUUCCAGUCGGGUCACCGAGUUCUUGAAGCAUGAACAUGAAGGUCGCAAGUUAACCGUAACCAGCUUCCUGGAUGACGCCUUCACCAAGCAGCUGGAGAGUGCUCUGCGCUUCGGCAACCCGAUCUUGAUUCAAGACGCAGAGUACCUGGACCCCAUUCUGACGCAUGUGCUCAACAAAGAGUACCAGAAAACCGGCGGUCGUGUCUUGAUCCAGCUCGGCAAGCAGGAGAUCGACUUUUCACCUAGCUUCAAGCUUUAUCUGUCGACCCGAGAUCCUUCAGCCAACUUCGCACCAGACAUCUGCAGUAGAACCACAUUCGUCAACUUCACGGUCACACAGAGCAGUCUGAGAACGCAAUCACUCAAUGAGGUACUGAAGGCCGAGCGCCCAGACGUAGACAAGAGAAGGACAAACCUGAUCAAGAUGCAAGGCGAGUUCAACACCAAUCUCCGGCAGUUAGAGAAGCGUCUCUUGCAAGCCCUGAACGAGUCACGCGGCAACAUCCUGGAUGAUGACAACGUGAUUCAGACACUCGAGACACUCAAGAAAGAAGCUGCAGUCAUCUCCAAAAAGAUGUCGGAAACAGAAGGUGUUAUGGCAGAGGUCGAGCGGAUCACUCAAGACUAUGCCCGCAUUGCCAAUGCUUGCAGCGCAAUCUUUGCCAUUCUCGAGCAGUUGCAUCACCUUAACCACACCUAUCGGUUCUCGUUACAGUACUUCACCAACAUCUUCAACCACGUACUAAACCAAGUCAAAGCUAUGACCAACAAGACGGACCACAAGGAACGUGGCGAGAUCAUUCUCAAGGACAUCUUCAUCGAGACGUUCCGGCGCACCUCGCUCUCUCUGCUUCAGAAAGAUCGAAUCACACUUGCCGUCCUACUGAUUCGAGCAACGCCGUAUGACUUUGACCGAUCCUUUCUCGAGCUCGUGCUUGAUGAGCGACCCACGUCUAGCAGUGCAAGUAGCCAGACCGGCUCUGCUGACAACAUCAUUGCAAAAAUCAAGCGGCAGGAUCCAUUCAAGAACGCGGCGAUCGAUGCUCGGAGCAAGGAAUGGCAACAAUUCAUGUCUGCCGAACGCGCCGAACGGUACGUUCCUGCCAUUUGGGAGCCAACAAACAAUAGCAUCACAGAUGAGCUGCUGCGUUUACUGGCCGUCAAGUUGGCUCGACCUGAUCGGCUCCUACCAGCUGCACAGAAGCUGGUGAUGCAAGUUUUUGGAGCUGAGAUUUUCUCAGGCAGCGACAGCCUCGCGCUCAUCGUGCAGCAAGUCAACAGCUCGAUCCCUAUUGCUCUGAUGUCCAAUCCUGGCUUUGACGCCAGCUACAAGGUGGAUGCACUUGUUGAGAAGCAGAAUGCCAGUUGUGCCAACGUGGCUAUGGGUUCGGAAGAAAGUCUUGCGAGUGCGGACAAGGCCAUCACGGGCGCGGCUGCCAACGGCACCUGGGUACUGAUCAAGAACGUGCACCUGGCUCCGCAAUGGCUUCAGUCACUGGAGAAACGCUUGUCAGCCCUGAAGCCUCAUGACGACUUCCGCCUAUUCCUGUCGAUGGAGUCGAGCCCAAAGAUUCCGGUCAACCUCAUCCGGGCUUCUCGGGCAUUGGUGUAUGAGCAACCCGCCGGUAUGCGUGCCAACAUGAAAGACACCCUGACCGUCCUGUCCGACCGUAGUGUUCAGGCACCUGUGGAGAAGGGCAGGUUGUACUUGUUGUUGUGCUUUCUGCACGCUAUUCUCCAAGAACGCUUACGAUACGCACCUACGCUCGGCUGGAAAGGCUUUUGGGAAUUCAACGACAGCGAUUACGAAUGCUGUGCAUUCAUCAUCGAUACGUGGAUCGAGAAUAUCGCGCAGGGGCGUUCCAACGUGGCGCCGGUCAAGUUGCCCUGGGAUCUCAUUCGCACACUGAUCAUGGAGAUGUACGGAGGCAAGAUUGACGAUGAAGGAGAUUUCAAUCUCCUGGGCCAUCUGGUACGUAAGAUAUUCGACCCUGCAGCGUAUGAAAGUGAGCACGAGUUGGUGUCCGAGGGCAACACGGAGCCGUUGAAAGUGCCUGGCGGAACGACAAUCAAGGACUUCAUGGGUUGGGUGGAGCAACUGCCAGAGCGAGAGCCACCGGCGUACCUGGGCCUACCGGACAAUGCAGAUAAGCUGCUCUUGGUUGGACAAGGGAAGGAAAUGAUCUCGAAUUUGGCACGGAUGACAGAUCUGCUGGAAGAAGGAGAGGAAUUGGCUGCUGGGCCUGCGGCCAAGGCUUGA